UGGUCCCCCUCGGCCUCCAGUCCAGCCUCCUUCCUGCCGCUCCCGCCCCUGCUCCGUCCCUCUUCCUCUCUGAGCCCCUCCCGAGAUGCCGAGUCGCCCCCGGGGGUUCGCAGCCCCCUUGUCCUGGUCCUGGGCCUCUAUCCUCCUGCCUUAACAGCCCGUUCCCGCACUGGGCCUCGGGGGGAUGCUUGUUUAGGAGCGCAGAAAGGCAGACUCUGACCGGGCUGCUGAAAUGCUAGGAGCCAGGAAAGAAGCUGGGCCACGGCUGCUGGGCAGGGUUGACAAAGACAGGAGCGGCGUGAUAUCGGACAACGAGCUUCAACAAGCACUAUCCAACGGCACCUGGACUCCAUUCAAUCCAGUGACCGUCCGGUCGAUCAUAUCCAUGUUUGACCGCGAGAACAAGGCCGGCGUGAAUUUCAGCGAGUUCACUGGCGUCUGGAAGUACAUCACCGACUGGCAGAACGUCUUCCGAACCUACGACAGGGACAACUCAGGCAUGAUCGACAGGAACGAGCUCAAGCAGGCCCUCUCAGGUUUCGGGUACCGGCUCUCCGACCAGUUUCACGACAUCCUCAUUCGGAAGUUCGAUAGACAAGGACGGGGACAGAUCGCCUUCGACGACUUCAUCCAGGGCUGCAUCGUCCUGCAGAGGUUGACAGAUAUAUUCCGACGCUACGAUACGGAUCAGGACGGCUGGAUUCAGGUGUCAUAUGAACAGUACCUUUCCAUGGUCUUCAGCAUCGUAUAGUGCCGGUCUCCUGCAGACACCUUUGUGACUUGGGGAAGAAAAGACUGGAAAUGCCAAAUCUCUUACCUUUAACCAAGGGAGCACGGAUGCGGUUAGACAACUGUCCUUCCUUUAGAUUUUGUAUAAUUAAUACCUGGGGACCCAACUGUACAUAUGCGGAGAAGCUGGUUAAUGUUUCACAGUGCUCGCAGCAAUUAGGUCAUUGCUCGGAUACACACAUUAGACUUGAGACUGUUUAACUGUGCCACGAGUGCGGCGAGAUACAGUAACGUAUCAGGUAUUGUGCAUGCAAAAACUCAUCAUGUGCAUUUCUAGAAAGCUGCCGUUCUAGAGUGGAAAUCAGCAGUAGGGAUUUUAAAUAAUGUGGAACUUGCACAGGAAGCUGCUCAUGUGCCUUACUUUUUAAGAGGGUUUAUUGUGUUCAUUUGAAUAUGCAGCGUCAGCAAUAAAGCACAUGCCCUGA